CUAAAUACUAUUGUUGAAAAUACAAAUUACUAUGCCAUAGCAAAAUCAGCAGAUAUUUUUAAACUGCCAAGUAAAGAAGACUAUUGGAAAGCAGAUUGGAAAUAUCCUCAGCAUAAUAUUACUAAAUAUAUGACAUUAGUUCGAUUCGAACAA